UGGCCAGUUCCCUGGCACGUCCUGUAACGGGGGUAUACAUGUGCAUUGUGCAAGUUUUCAUUGAGUGUGGAAAUCCAGCUACGCUGCAGAUAUUUUGUCGAAAAGUUUGCUAUCCUGCUGUCAGCUGGAAGGGAAGUAGGGAACAGUUGUGUAGUGGAUAACGUCGGAGCUUGUGUGUUGUGAGUUUCUGCAGUCUAAAAUAUUAUGACAGUUGAUUAGGGCCUGUGAAAAUGUUACUGUUUCGUAUUACUGAAAUUUUGUGCUUCGCUGCAGUGCUCUCGGCCGAUAAUACUCCACUAACAACAGAGAAGCCCAACAGUUUGCAACAGGAUGUAUCUAAAACAGAUGUGUACGAUAUAACUGGGCUUUUUGGGCCCAAUGCAAAAUCUGUAAAUGGCUCUAAACAAAACUUUGAACAUCGUCCGAUUGCCUUAGAAGGAGGUUCUUCUGUGAUUGCCAACGAUACAAUAGUUUCAGAAUCGAAGAGACCGAAGGAAUUGGUUCAAAAAACCAUUUCAGAACAAACUUUGUUUGACAAUGGUACUGGUGUAACUCCAAAUCAUUCUAAUAAUUUCCAUGAAGCUAUUCAAACCGAAGGUGGAUUACUGGAGAUACCUGUAAGUACAGCAGCAGCUGGCGAAACCACCAAACUGGUACCGAGUGAAGCAACUGAUUUUAUCAAAGAUUCUUUCCCGUUAAAUGUGGGAGAAGUAAGUGAUCAUCCAUCUGUGGUACCAAGAAAGGGCGUCUCGCCAAAAAUUGUGCCGAGAAAAGGAGCAGAGCCGUAUGAACCAUUUGUUGACCUCGAUGACAACACAGAAAUGAAAUCGGCAUGCAACUGUUGUGAAACGCACAGUUCUGAACAAAACAUUGGAAACUAUACAGCAGACCCGAGAUGUGUUUCAUGUUGUAACACAACAGGCAGUAAAAAGUCAAGUACUUCAACCACAGGAUUAAAAAAUGACACUAUAGAGUUCAAAAGUACAGGUAACAGCAGUAACCAUGAUUAUUUCAAAAUUGCCAAUAAUAGCGUUAACUCUACAGAUUUCAAAAGCGAAGCAACCCUAAACGAAUCCAAUUCACGUGAUGUGUAUAGAGCUUACCCCCCUCUGAAGAAAAAGUCCAAGCCACUUGUUACUUCAGAUACUGACAUUGAAAUGAAACAACAAAAAAGUCCACAGUCUUCAAGUUCAGAGAAAAGUGACUUUGUAAUACCUGUGGUUUUGUUAAUUUUAGCAGUACCUGUAGUAGUCGUCCUAGCAAUGCUUUUUUACAGAAAAGGAACAGAAUUUUGGGAACGAAGGCAUUAUAGUAAAAUGGACUUUCUUAUUGAUGGAAUGUACAAUGAGUAAUUCACAACCACUGCUGUUUUGGAAAAAAGAAGGUGACUGCGAUAACUGGAAUGUAUUUCAUUUCCCGACAUUUUACAUAUUGUGUAUAUAUAUAUAUCUCCUGUGCCGUCCUUAAUGACCUUACUGUCACUGUGACUUUAAACCCUACAAAAAAAAAUUGUAUGUUGAAACAUGUUGUGUACCUGUCAGUUGCAGAAUGUUGUAGAUAAAGUUCUCACGACUGAACGUUUUAAAAAUUCAAACUUUGCAGCUAGACUUCUUGUGAUGUUAAAGGAAACUGAACUGGUGAUGGAACGUUGUAAAUGGCAGGUAAAUUAUAGCAGUGCUUUGGUAACAAAAAAGCUAUUUUCAGCCUUUUAUCUGGGAAAAUACUGUGGGUUACCUAGCUACAUAUUAUAUAUGUAUUCCUUUUUAAAAUCCAGUAAAACAGUAAUUUAUCUGCUGUAAUACAAAUUAGGGUUAUACUGGUUAACUUUCAGUAAGAACCAUAAUAGAAAUUUGUAAAAUGUGUUUAAAUUUUAGUGUUUCAUUUUCAGAAUUAUCAUUUAUGGAUGCCAUUACAUACACUAAAAGAAUAUGUGUUUGUUUCCUAGAUUACAAUAAUUAAAAGAAAGAAAAGUCAUCUGCAUCAUCGUACCACAGCUGAAAAUUCAUUGUUCUGAAGAAUAAAAUGCCUUUGACAAUUAUACAACUAAGACCUCUAUUAUUUGCUGGAAAUUAAGCUGAUAGUCAAAAGUGUAGCCAUUGUUUGAAAAAGUUGAAGUUUGUAUUUUAGGAUUUGACACAUUUUUGAUGACAAUAAUAUAUACAUAUAGUGCGUAAUCAAUGUUGCAUGAAACAAAGAGAAGAUGCAGCAAGAACAUUGCUUUGUAUCAACACUGCCUAUUCUAUAUUUAACAUUACGACUGCCACGAAGCUGCUGGCAGCCUCAGCACAGUCUUCUGCUGUAGUUGGUGGCAGCCAUAUGGUAUUCAACAUGUUAAAGAAGUAUUGCAAGAACAAAAGCAUCAGUACAUGUGAGAAAUCACCCUGUACUGUUUUGUUGUAGAGCUCUUCUUUCUUGAUUACAUUCUAUUUCAAUGAUAUAGUGCUCAAGGUCUUAGCUGUAUUGUACAGUUAUGUUGUUUUACAUUUAGAGCACAUUGUUUUACUAUGGGAUCUUUUACAACCUCAGCCAAUAAAGACUAAUGUAUCCAUUAGUUUUAUUACAUCUGUUCUAUCAAGACAAAAACACUCAGUCGAGAACUGUUUUACUGAAUUUUGCAGUUCACAAAUUGUUAUACAGAGACCAACUUUUUGAGUUGCUUUGCUGGUGGUUACACAGAAAAUUUAAAAUAAAUUACAGAUACCAACUUCUCAGAAUGAGACUAAACAUGCAGCCAAAUACAUGUUCCAUGUUUAUUGCCAUAGUCACCCAAACAUAGUAAAACUGAAAUGCUUUUGAGCUAAUGAAACCACUUGUUCAUGAAAGCAUGUGUUUUUCAGUUGUAUAUGAGAAUGAAUAUGCUUUUAUGAUCAGAAAGAAGUUGUUAUAUUUAUUAAACAUAUUGACUGCCGCAUUCAUACUGAUGAAUGUUUCACCGCCAGGCCUCGGCAGCAGGCUUUAGUUCUACUGUGGCUGGUGGCAAGUGCAUGGUGUCAGCUAGAAGGACCUUCUGUGGCCUUGUGACAGUCGUCAUGUUAAAGUAGACUCUGAAACAAGAUCUUUUAUUUAUUUUCAAUCCUCACCAAUCAGUAAGAAGGUUGUUAACCCCCUAACUUACUGCUUCCUCUUUAAAAUGUUAAAAAUGUUUCCAAACUUGUGCUUGUGAAUUGUAAGUCAUGCAAUUGAUGUAAUAUGUAGCAAUAUAAAUGGGCAUGAACUUUUUGUUAUAUCAGUUGGGCAUAUUUCAUUUAAUAUUCAAAACCCUCAUGAUUAUUAAAUUUUCAGCUAUUGUUUAGCUAAAAAAAAAAAGGGGGAUUUUAAUGUGCCCUCAGUUUUUAAGAUUUCCUGACAGAAAACGUGGAUGAAUGUAAGAAAACUUGGAAAAGUUUGUUAUGUGAAAUGUUUGAAUUCUGCUUUAGAAAACACAUGUAUCAUCAGAUGGUACUCACAGUAACAUAAAAACAGGGUAAAUCUGCCAUAGCGCAAACUAUUUGUACCCAUAUUCUUAAAAAGUAUGUUGUAAGGUUAGCAGGCAAUGCUGUACAUUCUGAGAUCAAGUGAGUUAUUCUGACAACUUUAAGUGUACAGAACCUCUAUGUAUUUUGUUAAUAAAUGGAAAACAUAAUGCGCCUUGUACUGAAACAGAGUUUUGUUUGGGUUAAUUAGUUUUAUAGUGUUUUCUCAAGUAUUUAGAGCUUGUAAGAUGUUGCUGCAUUAAUAAGCUGGAGCCAGUCAUAUACCUAUGAGCACAGUUGAAAACAUGUUUUUGUUUCAAAAACUUUUGAACUGUUAUUGGGUAAUCUGCAUAUAGCAAAACUUUUAAGCAGUUAACCAAGGGUGUCUGUAUCUACAGGUAUUUCCUAUUCUAAGAAAUUGGACUAUUCAGAAACUGAAAUAUCUCACUAAUGUCUUAAUCCUUCUAUUCAUUACUCAAAAGUCCAACAACAAGGAAAGUGACAAUCUGUUUGCUUAUAUACUAAUAAAAUUCAAGUCUGUGAUUAA